AUGGCUUCCCGAUCUAACAACUGUGUGGUCAUCAUUGGCUCCGGCCCUGGAAUUGGUUCCCACACUGCCGCCAUCUUCGCUUCCAAACAAUUCAACAAGGUGGCCCUUGUGGCUAGAAACCCUGCCAAACUGGAAAAGGACGCUGCUUUUGUAAACAGCGCUGCUCCAGGACAGGUGGAGAUUAAGACUUACCCCACCGACAUCACCAAUAGCCAGGCACUUGCGGCUACUCUUGCACAGAUCACCAACGAUCUUGGAACUCCCGAGUUCGUCUUGUUCAACGCUGCCGUCAUUGCCCUGACUCCUCUCUUGGAGUUUGAUGACGAGAGCAUCCUUGAGGACUUUAAAGUCUCCACCGUUGCUCUUCACAACACCGCCAAGUGGGCAAUUCCUCAGCUGUCUGCUCUGGCUAAGCAAGACUCCACCGCCAAGCCAACUCUGAUGGUCACCAACUCUCACCUUCCAGAGACUCCUCUUGAGGAUCUCUUCUCUCUCUCUCUUACAAAGGCUUCCCAGAAGAACCUUACUUUGUCACUUCGCCAGAAGUUUGCUGAUUUGGGUAUCCACAUCUGCUUGUUGUCUGUUAACGGCACUGUUGCCGAUGAGGAACCCAACCUUAACAACAAGAACGUCUCUAACAAAGCGUGGGAUCUGUAUAAUCAGGAGAAGAGUGCUUGGACCCAGGAGAUCCGAAUUAACCCAUAA